ACAAGCGUUAGUGACAUUAUUGAUUCCUGGGAGAUCUUGAGCUCCGAUGACGACUCAGUCAGAAGUGAGUUUAUUGGGCCAAAACGCCCAAAAUCCGAAUCCAAGGGGCCAUCGCCGGAGCCAUCGCUAGGGACACCCGAGCCAAAUUUAGAACUAUUCGCCGCCGAGUCCAGAGGGAUAGACUCUACAGAGUCGUCUAUGAUGGAUUCCUCUGUCAUGGGAUCUUCCAGAAUGGGGUCUAUCUCCACCAUUGUCGCUAGAGACGAACCUGCUUCUGAUCUCACCAGUGAAGCUGGCACUGAUCUCGCCAGCGGGGUCACCACACCCUCUCCUUCCGCUCCAGCCACCCCUCCGAUCCAAAACAUAAUCGUUCUGGUACUGGCUCUUCCAGAAAGAUAUCUGCCAUCGCUGGGGAGCAAGAACACCGGGUCGUUCCCGUUUAGCUUCUCCAAGGUCAUGAUUAUGGGGCUCUUUCUCUCCAUGACCGUGACAAUGUUGUUUAAGACUCCGUUCAUCACCUCAUAUUUCCACGAUAGAGCAACCCACGGGAUCUGCUGGAGAUCGUUGACGGUGCACGAGAAGCAGGAGGAGAUCGCGCCGGAGGUUACCUUCAAUGAUGUGUACCUUAUCACUGCCAAGUACGCCAAAAGAAGGACCGAGGUGGCGCUUGUACAGUGCAAAGUUGCCAAAGAGAUGGCGAAGGACAAAACCUACGAAUGGCUUAAAAACUCAAUCUCCACCUCCAAGUUGGUGGAAAAAAGGGUUGCGGCUGCAUUGCAAGAUUUCUGGUCACGUUUACCAGCCCAAUUGGACGAUUCUAAGAACUUCCUUCACGAAUCAUGGAAGUCUUUCGACCUUCCUAAUUUUAACACCUUGGCGUGGGCGGAUGUCCAGCCUUAUGUCAAGGCGAGAUAUAACCAAGCGGUGCGCCAGAGCAAGAUCGACCGGGAAGCAGUGAAUCAGUUGGCUCGCAAGUACUGGGGUGAAGCGAGAAUGUAUCUUUCCAGUUUUGGUCUGGUGUCAAAACCUGGAAAGUUUAACUUGAAAUCGGUUUUUGGAUGUGCUAACAAAAGUGGGCCAUGCCGGAAGUUUGGUUCGUGGAAAGCUGCUUCUUGGAAGAGUUGCCGUUGUCAGAAAUCCACCAAGGGCUCAGGAAGCGGUUCUGUUCCACAUCCUGAAUCCGGGAAACCACUCAGAAAGGUUUUUGGAUUUUAA